GAUUCCGUAUCUUUUUACAUUUCUGUUUCUCUUUCCCAUCAGUCACCCCCAGCCCCGCUCUUUCCUUUUUCAUUCUCGUUCUCUCUUGGAAACCCUAGCUUUAUCUCUCUCUAUCUCUCUGUUCGUUUUUUCACCUUCUUGUGCUCUCUGCAUAUAUUUCUCUUGCCGCUAUUCUCUUCAUUGCUCUUACUGGUGGAUCUCAAAUUAUAAUGGAGUACGGCGGCGGUCGCAAGAGAGGCAGGCCCGAGGCUGCUCUGAAUGGAAAUGGUGGUCCCAAGAAAUCAAAGCAAGAAAUGGAGUCCUUUCCAACUGGUAUAGGAAGCAAAUCGAAGCCAUGCACAAAGUUUUUCAGUACUUCUGGGUGCCCUUUUGGUGAGGGAUGUCAUUUCUUGCAUUAUGUUCCGGGUGGCUUCAAAGCGGUGUCUCAGAUGCUUAACCUUGGUGGCAACCCAUCUCUUCCACCAGCAUCUAGAAAUGCAGGAGUCCCGCCUUCUUUUCCAGAUGGCUCAUCUCCUCCAGCUUUGAAGACCCGGUUGUGCAACAAGUACAAUACAGCUGAAGGGUGCAAGUUUGGGGAUAAAUGCCACUUUGCCCAUGGUGAGUGGGAGCUUGGGAAACCUACUGGUCCAUCCUAUGAAGAUCCUCGUUCAAUUGGUCCAAUUUCAGGUAGGAUGGGCCGUCAAAUGGAGCCUCCACACCAAGGUUUUGGUGCCGCUUCCAGCUUUGGGGCCUCUGCCACUGCCAAGAUCAGUAUCAAUGCGUCACUUGCUGGAGCCAUCAUUGGGAAAAAUGGUGUGAACUCAAAGCAAAUAUGUCGCCUUACAGGGGCCAAACUUUCGAUAAGGGAUCAUGAGACUGACCCCAACUUAAGGAAUAUAGAGUUGGAGGGAACUUUCGAUCAAAUUGAUCAAGCAAGCGCCAUGGUUCGUGAGCUUAUUGGGAAUGUCAGCCAAGGUUCUGGUCCCCCAAUAAAGAACGCUGCUAUACAUUCUUCUGGUCCAGCAAACAACUUCAAAACUAAGCUUUGUGAGAAUUUUGCUAAAGGGUCUUGCACUUUUGGGGAUAGGUGCCAUUUCGCACAUGGAACCGAGGAGUUGCGCAAGCCAGGGUUGUGAACCCAUUCUCUAUUCGCUUUCUUUUGUUUAAAUCCUUUUUCUUGCUCUUUUGCUCUGCUUUAGGAAACAUUCUUGUUGUAGCUGUGGAUAUUUGGUGCGUCUACCAAAUACUUUGUAUGUCAUCCUUGAGAGCCUUUUAGUUGCAUUCUGUUCAGUAAAUUUUUAAUGAUUUGGGCUAUUUAAUUUGUAUCUUUUCUGCUACUAUGUUGAAACUCGUGACAAGUACUUGCCGGGUUGAAUUCAUAAUAGGAGCUCCCGAUAUUACUAGUUUCAC